AUGGUUCGUAGAAGCGCCAUCCAACAUGAGCGCGAUCGAGUCCAGCUCGAGAUCGAAAAAACGGAAGAUGCGCUGGACAAACUGGUCUCCUUCAACUAUUCACUCAUGCAGGAGAUGGAGAUGGAGUCUCAAUCCGACUAUUCAACCGACGCGACUGGCACGGACACCGACGCGUCGUCUCCUACAGCCUCUUCCACACUGUCGGAACAUCUGCGAUCCGUCUUUCCCACUUCUCCUCUAACUCACAAUAUAACAAACGGACCGUCCAGCAUCUCAUCGAGUUAUCAUGAGCCCUCCUCUCCCCCCUCUCCGGUAUCAUCGGCUCCCGAAUCAUACGCUGCGUCGUCCGAGUCCGAUGGAGACGCCGAAUAUCUUGACGCGUUGAAGGAGCUCCGCAAUGAUCAGGUUCACUCCAACUACAACUCGGCACUGGCAGCCGAAGCACAUCUCGAGGCUUUACACUGUGAAGCAGCAGAUCUCGCUCGCCAACGCUACCUCAAUCGGGCACAUAAAUACACCCCUAGACCACCCGGCCACGGGUUGGGCAGGUGUCUCGACGAGGAUCGCCAACUGAACGACGAGGAUUUUGCGACGGAGCUUCGCAUGAGCAGACAAGCGUUCAACGAGCUGUACGAAGCCGUGAGUCUCAGUUUAAUUCUGUAACAUCGUCAAAUAUUCUUCGAAGCUCUGUGGCCUGAUCGGCUGCUCGCUCAUGUCUGGUCAGAUAAAGGAUCACGCCGUGUUCAAGUCCCGAGGAAAAAAACCUCAGACGUCGCCAAGAAUCCAACUCGCCGUCGCGUUGUGGCGCUUUGAUGGCUACGGGAACCGGGCCUCGGCAAAGAGGGCCGUCCAGUGGUCCGGUUACAGCAUCGGAUCAGUAGUGAAAUUUACCGAUCGGGUCAUCCUAGCGCUCGAGAGCCGAGUUUCCAUCGACAAAUUAUCCACACACAAUCGGAGUGUUAGGGCCGGGAGAACUCUCAAAUGA